AUGGGGUUCGUCGGCGUUUACACUGCGGUCUACGACUACCAGCCGCAAGCCGAGGGCGAGCUGGAAAUCCACGAAAAUGACCUCCUCUAUAUUCUCGACAAGGACGACGAUGACUGGUGGAAGGCCAAAAAGAAGGCUGAUCCGGAGGAGGAGGAACCAGUGGGACUGGUGCCGAAUAAUUACGUUCAAGAGGCACAACCCACCCACAAAGCCAAAGCACUAUAUGACUAUACACGGCAAACCGACGAAGAAGUCUCCUUUUCCGAAGACGCCGAAUUAUCCGUAUAUGAUACUACCGACCCCGACUGGACGUUAGUGGGCACUGGGACAGAUUUUGGAUUUGCACCAGCAAAUUAUAUUCAGCUGCUGUCCGAAGUUGCGCCGUCGCAAGCACCAGCGGUAUCUCAUGAAGAACCUCAACCGGAACCUGCUUCUUCCUACACCAGCGCGGAGCCCCAAGCCUCUCCGGUGCCAUCGCUUCCUCAGCGGCCUAUACAUACCGAACCGGAAGAGUAUGCAUCGGCCCAGUCCAGUCCAGCUAUACCGGACUCGAGCCCUGCUGCGGCCAUUGCUGGAAUACUUCAUCGACAACAUGGUUCUAUGUCUUCUCACGAUACCUCACGCGCAAUUCCUCCAGCGCCGCAAGCGUUUGCAUCUCCUGAAGAGGAAGAGGAGGAAGGGCCCGCACCUGCGCUUCCGACCCGACCAAUAUCGCAAUCAACUCCUGCCCGGGAAGUGCGCCGACAUGAAGAGGAACCAGCCUCACCACCCCAACCUCCUCGCCCCCAACACCUGCAAGUCAAUAUGGCCCGAGAAGAUAAUGCACGAGUCCAGGAAUCUCCGCCGUAUAGUCGCGUUGGAUAUUCGGCACCAUCCCCUCAUUCGCCUUCCGGAUAUCGUCUCUAUAAUAUCAACGAAAUGAUCUCCGUCUUGGGGAAGCGAAAGAAAAUGCCAACGACGCUGGGUCUCAACGUGCCGAAAGGAACAAUUUUCAUAUCGGCUGAUGGAUCUCCAGAUGAUAGCCAGCAGGAAUGGACUGCAGAUAAGCUCACGCACUAUUCAAUCGAAGGAAAACAUGUUUUUAUCGAACUUGUCAAACCGAGUAAAAGUGUUGACUUCCAUGCUGGUUCUAAAGAUACUGCCCAUGAGAUAGUUGCGGCGUUGGGCGAGAUUGCUGGUGCGUUUAAGGCUGAAGGUCUGCGAGAAGUGAUAGAAGCAGGACAAGGCGGCAGCGGACUGCAGAAAAAGGGACAAAUGCUCUACGACUUUAUGGCUCAGGGUGAUGACGAGGUAACUGUAGCUAAUGGGGACGAGGUGGUAAUUUUGGAUGACAGCAAGUCCGACGAAUGGUGGAUGGUUAGACGGAUAAAGAAUGGCCGUGAAGGUGUUGUUCCUAGCAGCUAUGUGGAAGUCACGGGUCUCGUCGAAUCAUCAGCUCCAGCAGCAUCCUCUAGCAGAUCCGCAGCCGUCGAGCAGAACAGGCUUGAAGAAGAACGCCUAGCAAAAGAAGCUUCAAGAAAAUCGCGGGUUGAAUUUACGGAUGGCCCACGAUCUGAGGUAGGUCCAGGAAUGACCCUUCCUAAGAGGAACAGCAGCCUUUUCGCAACGGAUGGUGGUAACAAUAAGGUGCAGCGUCAUAAACGUGAAAAGUCUGAUAAAUCAUCAAAGCAAAAGCCGGAUGCCUCUAAGACUAGAAGCUGGACGGACAGGUCGGGGACAUUCACUGUUGAAGCUCAAUUCCUCGGUCUCCAUGACGGCAAGAUUCAUCUGCACAAAAUGAACGGGAUCAAGAUUGCGGUUCCCACAGCCAAAAUGUCCGUUGAAGAUUUAGAAUAUGUUGAAAAAGUUACUGGUGAAUCGUUGGACGAAGAUAAACCACUGUCUGAUAUCCGGCGUCGCAGCUUGCAGGUGAAGAAGGAAGAGAAGGAGAAGGCCGAGAGUGACAAGGCUAAGAAUGGCGUUCAUGUCCAGGAAUAUGACUGGUUCGACUUUUUCCUCAAAGCUGGUGUUGGACCUCAUCAGUGUGAACGCUACGCGCAGAAUUUUACGAAGGAUUCCAUGGACGAAGCCAUCCUGCCGGAUAUCACACCGGAAACUCUGCGUACAUUAGGUCUCAAGGAGGGUGAUAUCCUUCGAGUGAUGCGAUAUUUGGAUACAAUGUUUAGCAGGACUGGAUCCAAGUCUAGACUACGAAAUGUCAGUUUUGGUGGUGAGGAAGUUAUUGGAAACGGCGAGAGUGGUCUGUUUUCUGGACCUGGCGGUGCUCUUAAGAACAACACUAGUCGCAAAGGCCGCCCAGCUCCUGCCAUGCAAACUGGCGAUGUGGUGGAUCCGAAGGCGUUUGAAGUCAAAGAUGGUAAAGAAACUACGGAAAAGAGAGAGCCGGCUCCUGCACGUCAAGCCACACCUCCUGCUGAGAAACCGGUUCAACGUGGUUUCGAUGAUGACGCGUGGGAUGUUAAACGACCAAAGGGACAGUCCCCUGCCCCUGUUGCCUCGACACCUACACCUGCUUCUGCGCCUGUAGAACAACCGAAGCCAGCUCCACCGACAGGUGCAAUGGCUGAUCUGUCGCUACUUCAAGCACCUUUGCAACCGACACCAGCUCCCAGUCAGCCCACUCCAUCCACCGCAGCCCCUGCUGCUACCACUCCUCCAGCCGCAGCGCCUGUUACUGCUCCUAUGCUACCUCAACAAACUGCAACUCCAUUGUCUCAGCCCGUUGCUCCUCAGCAACCUCAGGCAACUGGAGCCAAUCCAGGUUUCUUUUCACGACUGGGACCUCUGCAACCACAACAGACUGCAGUACCAAACCAGCCACAGGGAAUGGGGUUUUCUCUGCAACCCCGUCAGCGCCCUGUACCACCACAGAAUAUGAAUCAAAAUUCCUUACUUCCACCACCACCGCAGCGACCCCUAUCAGCUCCUCAAGACUUCCAGCAAAGUCCUUUUGCCGCGCCUCCUCUGCAGCCUCAACUCACCGGUAUCCCUCGAAAUGCGCCACAGUUGGCCCCACCUGGUCAAAGUCUAACGGAGCUGAACCAGCAACGAUUCCAACAACCACAACAGUAUCCUCAACUGCAACCUCAGUUGACGGCAUUCCCGCAACAGCCACAACCACAGUUCCAGAAUGGUCUCAUGCCGCAGCCUACAGGCUUUCAGCCACAAUCACAGUUUGGCUUCCAGCAACAGCAGCAACAGUUUGCGGGACUGGCCCUACAGCCAACCGGAUUCGGUGGAUUCUCUUCACCACCUCCGCAACAACCCAUGGCAACAGGCAUCAACAGUGUGCUUCCGCCUGCAUUGCAACCUCAGAGGACAGCAGUCAACGGGUUCGGCACGAGCAUAAGCCCUCCACCUCCGCCUGUACCACCUAUUCCCCAAAUGCCGACAGCUGCCCCAUUGCAACCACAAAAGACUGGCCCCGCGCCCCCUGUUCGAUUUGGUGUGAAGCAUGAUGCUAAGAAACUUACUCCGCAGCCCACGGGGAUGCGUGCAAACCUCGCGCAAGCCACUCCCUCCAAUCCAUUUGGUUUCUAGCUGUUCUUUGGUCUCUAGCUGGACAGUAUAUACAUAUAUCAUUUUUUGCCUUGUAAUCUUUUUGUUCAUACGUAUCUGCCUAAAUCCAGAGUUUGUUAGAUGGUGUUAUGGAUCGUCUUCUUGCUUCUCUCAAUUGAGUCAUGUUUUGCUUCCCCCUUUCCCUUUUUGGCCACGAUUCUUCUUCUUGUUGUUUCUUCUUACUAUCAAGCCAAUGCAACGAG